GAAAAGCCGUCGCCGGUCACUAAAACUAAAACUAAUCUCGAUAACAGUACGUGGUAUUUCCCACAACUUUAUUACCAUAUAAUUUUUAACCGCAUUUCCGGUCGUAAACUCUUUGCUCUUCCCAUCUCCAAAUUUAUUCUCCCCCUACUUUUUUUUGCAAACAUCGCGUUUUCUACACAAUUAGUGACAAGAUUAAUGCGGUGGUUUACAUCAACAAGUUGUUUGAUUGCGUACUUUUAGUAUCUUAUUUACUUUUGGGUUUUGCCGACGGUAUUGUUUCAGAGAUAUCGUUUUAAAAAGGUUGGGUUUAACAAAAAUCUAGGCCAGUUUACCAGAGUUCAUUAUCUGGAUAAAGUUAUGGGAUAAAAUAUUGAAGAAGAAAAAUUGUUGUUAGUGAACGAGAAAAUUCCGACAAAUUAUUUCCUUUUUUUGAUUAAAGAUGUAAAAUAUCAAUUACUUAGAUGAUUCAACACACUGAGAUAAAUCUGAAACUUGGUAUUUAAUGAUACACUGUAUUUAGCGAAUAAUAAUCGGAUCCAACUCAUCGUCCAAGAAUACACAUUUGAAGCAUUCAAGAUUAAAAGAUUACUAAAUAUUGACUUAUGAUUUAUCUCUGCUUUUAUUCAAUUUAUUUUUUUUUAUUUUGACUGAUAAUUUCUCCAUACAGCCAUCGUCAAUAUCUAAUCGCAACAAAACGGAGAUAACACGCGGAAAACCGAUGGUAUCAAUAGCCAAUGAAUUGCAAGCGAAUAAUUUGACAGUAGGAAUCAGGAAUUCAGUAACUGUGGAUAGUGAAGUCAUGAUGGGGUUCGAACUAAUUAUCGUUGUAGCACUUAUCGUUCUGUUUAUUGUGUCGUUGUGCAGUUUAUUACAGAAAAUUAGGAAGGCUUACGCUCAAGAUCACGUAAGAAGACGAACAACCGACCAACAAAUUUUUACUGUUCCUACGGAUGGUCCACCGCCUUACGACAAUCAGAAUGAUGCCAACCACGGUGUUUAUCCAUGUGCACCUGAUUAUACAGGAUAUUAUGAUCCACCACCAAAAUACGAUGAUGUAAUAAAAUCUGACCACGCUGUAUUGUCAUCAGUGGUAGUCCUGCCAACCGUCCAUCUACCAACUACGCAAUCUCACCAAGAAAACACUCAACACACAACAACAACACAGUGAUCAUAUAUUCCCAUGCAUUGUAAAUUUUGAAAGGAAUUCCUCGUUGAUUGAUGAUAAAGUUACAUACAUAAUGUAUAUUCUUACUGUCCUUUAUACCUACAUAUGUAAAUAAAUACGUAAAUGAUGUAUAGACUAUAGCCAAAUUGUACAUAAAAUAUUGUCGGAUUGUCUCAAAAUAAUAGGUAAUAAAAAUUUUACUGCAAAAAAGUA